GCUACGAACCAUAGAAGUUAUUUUAAUAACAAAAAUUUGUACUUAAAAAUAAUAAUUAAACACAGAUAUUUCGACCUACAUAUGAAACCAUUAUAACAUGGAGCAAUAAUAUUUCACGUUUCUUCCGCGAUAGCCCUCGUUUGAAUGACAAAUCUCCAAGAGUUCACCAGCAUAAAUCAUCAUAUUUUUCCUCAAGAAGUUUCGAUGAAUUUCGACGUAUGCCGUUCAAUAGCGACGCGAUCCAGCAAUACGGAUUGCAGACUCGCUAUUGAAGUCACUAUCGAGCUUUGAAUCUUAGAAAGCUCAGGCUAAUUUGGAACCGUGUGUAUGUAGCUCGUAUGAGACCAACGCGCAUCUUUACGAAAGCGCGAUAAACACGCACGAGGAACACGAUGUCUUGGGAAUACCCGCGGAGAUGGUGCGAAAGGUAAACGGAGGAGAACCAGCGCGAGGAAGAGGGAACGAAGAGAGAAGUCGCGCAGGCGCUGAUCCAACGUGUGGAGAACGCUCAUCGUCCGCGUGGCGCGAGUUAGAACUUGACUUGGUGCUUUUAGUCUUGUUCCAUCCCUUCGUCCAUCCUCGUCCUUGCCGGGCGAGAGCAGUCCUCGAAGCGGAGUAUCGUCAGAAAAGAAAUAUGAAUUCGGUGCCUGGACCGAUUGCGGCAAAAAGGAUGCGGAGCCGACGAGGAUUCCGCCCGAUUUGCCGACUGAACCGGCAAAUUAUUCGCCAGCGAUGAAGAGGAACACGCGUCGCCUCCAUGUGCCUUUCACGAGUUUGCAGCAGCGUGGUGAAGUGAAAGUUCAUUAACGAAGUCUCCAAUAAAAGCCUGAAAUCAUAAAAAAAAAAAAAAAAAAAACGAAAUUCUUUGACUAGAAGAUUGCCUUUCCGGUGAACAUCUACACAUGUGAUUGUACACAAUCGAAAAUUGAUACUUAAAUCAAGGAGAAAUAAUAAGAAAUAAUCUUUCUUCUAAAAUAUAAAAUUUUAUAAUCUGAGAAGAAUAUCUGUGGAGAGAAACUGUACAUGUUAUUGAGCAUCGAUCGAUGUAUCUGAUUGCAAUAUGUCGCAAGAGAUUUUUUCCGGUAGGAAGACUCUCUCAGUCGAGACGAAUGAUCCUUGCAAUUCAAAGAGGAGUACUCGCGCUUUACGUCGAUGGCGCAUUCUAGCCAGAGCGCUGACAGGCUCACCAGAGCCGAUCGGCAGCGAGUCUGACGAGGAGGUGUCAGUAAGACGAUUCACCAGUUUUGGUCUGCUGAAGUGCGCGUUGUUGGAGAACAUGCUGGCGGACGGCGAGUUCAGCUGGUGUGAAUACUCGACUCAGCUGGACGGUCGAUCAUACAACGUGCAGAUACGUCGGAUAAGCAAAUGCUUCACAGUGAGCGAGCUGAUCGGUUUCAACAAUACUGGCAAUGUGUGCGUGUGGCCGUCCGAGGAGUGUCUGGCCUACUAUCUAUUGAGGAAUCACGGCCUCUGCCGGAAUCGAAACGUCCUUGAACUCGGUGGUGGCAUGAGUUGUCUGGCCGGUGUACUCGCCGCCAAAUACUGCAAUCCUAGCACCAUCACCCUCACGGACGGUAACGUGACCAGCGUUGACAACGUGCGUUGCAUCGUCGCCAGAAAUGACAUGACACAUCUGGUAGAGUGCGGAGUCGUUCAGUGGGCCCAAGCCGCCAGGGCUCUUCGACAGACGAUGAUCAACGGUAACCGCAUUAAGACCCGGACGACCGACGAAAAUAUUCGACUGCCAUCGGGUCUUUACGAUGUGAUCCUGAGCGCUGACUGCCUUUUCUUUGACGACGCUCGUCUGGAUCUGGUGGAGACGAUCUAUGGCUGGCUAACCGACGACGGGGUCGCCCUGAUAAUGGCACCCAAACGUGGCACGACAUUCCAGAAAUUCGCUGAGGCGUCGAUCAAACGUGGCUUUAUAGCGCGCCAGACAGAACGGUACGAUGACACAGUGUGGUCGAGGCAUCUGGAGCUGCUGAAGAAUAGUUCGGAGUAUUGUCCGGAUCUACAUUAUCCGGUACUGCUGGAGCUCACUAAGCAAAAAAAAACGCCACCCGGAUGAUCAACGAGGACGACGAAGACAACCGGUCAGACGAAAGUCUC